AUGACACCAACGUCGUCGACACCACAAAUGCAACCGGGAUAUUACCAGCAACCAGUGCCGUAUGGCCAACCACAGCCGUUCUUCUAUCAACCCCAGUAUCAACCAAACUUUGCUAAUCCAUAUCCAACUUUCCCUGGAGCUUUUCCCAGUUAUCAGCAACCUUAUGGGCAGUUUCCACCUCCACCACAACAGCCAAAUCCUUUCGCUCCAGGUUAUAGUACGCCACAACCUCAACAGCAUCAGUGA